CUAGUCUGCAUAAAUAGUCUAGAAGCAAGCUCAAUAGUGAAGUUAUGAAAAAACAAGUCCUUCAAAUUCGAUUCCUUUUACAAACGAGGACAGAACAAGUUGAAAAAAUUUGAGUUCUCUGGGUCGGCUAUUACUGAUCUGCAUGUGGAAUAUGUCCAGACGUGGAGUGUUUACAUGUGUAUCGCUGAUAGUUUUACAAGUAUGGAUAACCGUUGUGGCUUUUACCUCAACAUCGUUGGUGACAAAUCCAAACAGUGAGGUGUUUCCUGUGAGCCACGAUGACUUCGCAUCCUCGACGGAAGCGAAUACUGCGAGAAGCAAACGAAACGAAACCAAUAAAGAGCACAGGGAGAUAAUAGCUCAUUUCCAGCGGAUUGAAAAGGAAUUAGAAGAACAAAAAGAGGAACUGCAAUCCAUCAAUCGAGAAAUUCAAACGCUGGGAUUAUCUGUCGGCCACUCUCAACACGAAGAGAAAAUCAAAAACUGUUUGUUGGCUUUGCAUCAAUACCUGGAACAUCCGGACGAGCAAAACCGAAAUAUUUUCACGGACGAAGCAGCCCAGUUAUCGCAGAGUCUCACUGCCAUAGUCGGGGGACUUCUAGGCAAAAAUGUUUUCAACCCGGAUAUUAUGGCCGUCUUGCGAGAAGCUACCGGAUGUCACGGUCGGACUUUUGCACAAGAAAAUCAGGCCCAUCAUGAGUGUCGUUAUGACAGGACUUUGGGUUCGUGGCGAAUACCAACGAAUAAGGAACGUGUCGGAAUCGGACAGUUCGCAUUUCAAGAAGUUCGUCAUGACGUCAACAACUAAACUGACAAAGAGACUGUACGACAUGGCCAUCGAAUGCCAAGCGGAUGAGAAAAACGUUGCCGACCAGAUUGGCUUUAUGUUGAAAACCAA